AUGGCUUCUUUUCUUACUUGCACAAGAGGUUCAGCACUCUCAUUGAUCAUCUCUCUUACAAUUAGCUCAUUAAUUGGUGCAUUUGCUAGUGACUUCAACCAAGACUUUGAUAUCACUUGGGGAGAUGGUCGUGCUAAGACACUCAACAAUGGCCAGCUUCUUACCCUCAACCUUGACAAAGCUUCUGGCUCUGGAUUUCAGUCGAAGAAUAAGUAUCUUUUAGGAAAGAUUGAUAUGCAGCUCAAGCUUGUCCCUAGCAACUCUGCUGGCACUGUCACUGCCUACUAUUUAUCCUUGAAAGGGUCCACGUGGGAUGAGAUAGACUUUGAGUUCUUGGGAAAUCUGAGUGGUGUACCUUACAUUCUUCACACUAAUGUGUUUAGCAAAGGCAAAGGUAACAGAGAGCAACAAUUCUAUCUGUGGUUUGACGCAACUGCAGAUUUCCACACCUAUUCCAUCCUUUGGAAUCCUCAGCGUGUCAUCUUUUCUGUUGAUGGGACUCCUAUUAGAGUGUUCAAGAACAUGGAGAGCAUUGGUGUUCCAUUCCCAAAGAAUCAACCAAUGAGGAUUUACUCUAUUCUAUGGAAUGCUGAUGACUGGGCUACAAUAGGUGGACUUGUCAAGACAGAUUGGAGUCAAGCUCCAUUCGCUGCUAUCUAUAGCAGCUGAUUGGGAGUAAAUUAGCUAUCAGCAGCUGAUUGUAUCAACUUUAUUUUAUAG